AUGGAUUCAGCAAGUCUUUUCAACGUUCAGGGCAAAGUGGUGCUGGUCACCGGUGGAGCCAAAGGCAUUGGCCGCAUGAUCUCUGAGGGCUAUGUCACAAACGGUGCAACCGUCUACAUCUCUUCCCGAGACGCAAAGGCAUGUGAGCAAGCGGCAAAGGAGCUCAAUGCCUUGGGCAAGGGCAAAGCCCACGCUAUCCCAGCCAACUUCUACAGCUUGGACGAUGUGAAGAAGUUGGCCGAGGAGCUGGGCAAGCGCGAAGGCAAGCUGCACGUCCUCGUGAACAACUCCGGCUCCAACUGGGGAGCUCCCUACGACGAAUACCCUUCCGAGGCCUUCACUCGGGUCCUCACCCUCAACCUGCACCGUGUCUUCGACCUCACUCAGCUUGUCACGCCGCUUUUGGAGAAGGCUGCCACCCCCAAUGACCCCUCUCGCAUCAUCAACAUUGGCAGCAUCGAUGGCCUCCGUGUUCCCUCCCUCGAGACAUUCGCAUACAGUUCCAGUAAGGCCGGCUUGCAUCACCUGAGCCGGGUACUUGCCAACCACCUGGGCAAGCGAAACGUUACUUCAAACACAUUGGCCUGCGGGCCCUUUGAAAGUAAGAUGAUGGCUGCCACGCUCAAGUCAUUCGGCGAGACCAUCAAGGCUGGCGUGCCUCUGGGUCGCAUUGGAACCCCACAGGAUGUCGCUGGUGCUUGUUUGUUCCUGAGCAGUCGUGCUGGUGCGUUUGUGAACGGCGCGACUAUCACGGUCGACGGCGGAAGCGCCGUUGCUGCAAAGCUGUGA